AUGACGAUCACCUCAUCCGUCAAGCUCGUUGGAGGCACGCUGUCAGUCUACGGCCGGGCGGUCCUGUCCGGCGUGCCCGCAGCCGUAGCGGCGUCCUCUGCUGCAGCGGGUGGAGCAGUCGACGGGGUCUUCCUCGGCGCCGACCUCGACGAGUCAGCCUCCCGCCGCGUCGUCUCCCUCGGCGCCUUACGGGACGUACGGUUCAUGGCAUGUUUCCGGAGCAAGCUGUGGUGGAUGUCGCAGCGGAUGGGGGACAAGGGCGGCGACGUGCCACACGAGACGCAAUUCCUGCUCGUGGAGUCCAGGGGCGCCGGCGCCGGCGGCGAGGACGCGGCGUACGUCGUGUUCCUCCCGCUCGUGGAGGGUGCGUUCCGUGCCAGCCUCCAGGGCGGCGCGGGCGAUGAGCUGGAGCUCUGCGUCGAGAGCGGGGACGCCUGCACGCGCGCUCUUCGUGGGCGCCGAGGAGUCCGGUCCCUUCGCGGCCAUCGCUGGCGCCGUCGCCGCGGCCAAGACGUCACGCAGGAGGGCGUCGAGUCCGGGCUCCGCAGCCUCGUCGCCAGCGGCGCGCCGCCCAAGUUCGUCAUAAUAGACGACGGCUGGCAGUCUGUAGGCACGGACCAACCCAAUUGCGACGACCCAGCAGGAGAGGCCAAGCAGCCACGCUUGCCCCGGCUCACGGGAAGGGAGAAUAGCAAGUUCCAGAGCCACGACGACCCGGCCGCCGGCAUCAGGACGGUGGUGCGCGCGGCGAAGGAAGAGUACGGCCUCAAGUACGUCUUCGUCUGGCACGCCAUCACCGGCUACUGGGGCGGUGUCCGUCCAGGCGCCGCCAGCAUGGAGCAGUACGUCUCCAGCAUGCAGUUCCCCGAGAUCUCGCCGGGCGUUGCCGAGAACGACCCCGGCAUGAAGACCGACUGGAUCACCGCCCAGGGCGUCGGCCUCAUGCACCCGCGCGCCGUGUACCGCUUCUACGACGAGCAGCACGCGUACCUCGCCGCCGCCGGUGUCGACGGCAUCAAGGUGGACGAGCAGUGCAUCCUGGAGACGCUCGGCGCCGGCCACGGCGGCCGCGCGCAGCUCACGAGACAAUACCACCAGGCGCUCGACGCCUCCGUCGCCAAGAACUUCCCGGAGAACGGCGUCAUCGCCUGGAUGAGCCACAACACCGACGCCCUCUACUGCUCGAAGCAGACGGCGGCGGUGCGAGCGUCGGAUGACUUCUUCCCAAGGGACCCCGCGUCGCACACGGUCCACAUCGCCGCGGUGGCGUACAACAGCGUGUUCCUCGGCGAGUUCAUGCUCCCGGACUGGGACAUGUUCCACUCCCUCCACCCGGCCGGCGAGUACCAUGGCUCGGCCCGUGCGAUCAGCGGCGGCCCUGUCUAUGUCAGUGACGCCCCCGGCAAGCACGACUUCGAGCUGCUGAAGAAGAUCGUCUUGCCGGACGGCUCCGUGCUCCGUGCGCGUCUGCCUGGCAGGCCGACCAAGGACUGCCUGUUCACCGACCCGGCACGUGACGGUGUCAGGUAA